UUUGUCCCCAUCAAACAGCCAGAGUGAUUAUUGGCAUAAUUCACCAGAAAGUCGGAUUAAAUUUCUUUCUGCCACUCUCAAUGAAGUCGGUAUCUCUUUUUCUUGAGAAAAACUCCUCUUGACUGACUAAAUAUGAUAAGAGACAAUUAAAUCUUCUUGCUAUUGUUGAUGUCAUAUUUGCGCACAAAAGUGCGCUGAGUAAGCGCGCGAUUUUUCAUUUCUUUUUUUCUUUUUUUUUGUUUUUUUGGUGCUGGUGAUUUAAGACCAUCAGAGUCAUUUGCGCGAGUAAUUUAACAACUUCCCUAACUUUUAAAUUGUUCCAACCACAGGGAUUCUUUGUUGCAGUCGCUUUAUCCGACGAUUAUCAGCUGCGUCAUAAGCCAGUUUAAAAAGUUUUAAUUGGAUGGUAUUAAUACUAAGCGAUAAAGCCCAAAAACCCAAAAACCAAACGUUUUACACCUGCCUCUACCACAGGCAAAAUAUUUGAUGCAGAUUGUCGUGCGCUAAGCCGGCCCGCCCAAUCACAAGUCGUUGAAUACAGAAUUUCUGAGCAAUUAACGCCCAGCAGUGAAUUGUUAGUGUGACACCUUUCUCACUUCAAAGCAGUUUUGUAUAAACUUGAUGUCUCGGGGGUCAAUUAAGGCGAUUGUUUAUGUGACGAGCCAAUCAAUUUACACGUCUUACAGAAGCAAGCUAGUUUUCAACCUGAGCCACUGUUAACAUAAACGCGGUAAAAGGUGAUACAUGUUAAAAAACCCACUGGGUCACUUACUGACUUGUGAAGUUAGUAUCUCAGAAAAGAGGCAAGGAGAAGCGAAGUCAAAACCAUGAGCGCACCGGCUGAUGACAGUGACAACCUCUCGCCGAGGGCUGCAGCUUUCUCAAUCGCUAGCUUGCUAACCAAGGAUUUUAAUGAAAAUUCCAACACUCGGGAGACAAGUGAAGUAAAUCCGCCCUCAGUGGAUCACAAAGAGAAAGGAAAUUGGUGGAAUGGCUGCCAAAAUGAUCGAUUAGCACAGAAGGCAAAGAUCUGCGCGGUAUCAAGAGACGUUUACGAAGACCACUCCAUCCAAAACAUUUUGAACGGAGAACAAACGCGAGGUGAAAAAUGCGGAGAUGGCAAAAGGCGUGGAUUAACAAGAAGUACUUCAAUCCUAGAUCCAUUACAGCAGUUCGCAGCUUGUUGCGACUUGGUUAGAAAUUUAGACUCUCUAAAGAACACUGCUUCAUACAGUCAGCCGCAAAUGAGAGUUAUGGAGGUACAGCGUGAGGUUCAAGUCGCCAUGCAACAAAGCGAUCUGUGGUGGAAAUUCUACGCUUGCGGUACAGAAAUGGUGAUUACAAGGACGGGAAGACGGAUGUUUCCAACACUCGCUCUUUCUUUUCUUGGAAUGGAUCCGAGACGUUAUUACUCCGUCCACGUUGAUAUUGUCCCCGUGGACGGCUAUGCGUACACUUUUGUGAACAAUAUGUGGCAAGUAAACGGAAUGGCGAGUGAGAUGCACGCUUUACCUUACAUACAGUCAUACCAGGCGGACGAAGUGGCGCACACUGGCCUGUACUGGAUGAAAAAUGGCGUGGACUUCAAGAAAGUUCGCUUGACGAAUCGUCGAGUUGGCCCGUUUAAAGAUGGCGAGCUUCAUCUAAGUCCGAAUAGAAAGUACCAGCCAAGGAUUCAUGUCGUCGAAGAAACAGAAGAAGGCGUAAAAGUUUCGUGCUCAACUUAUGUGUUCCCUGAAACCACGUUCAUUGCUGUAACGACGUAUCAAAAUGAAGAGCUGAUUCAAAUGAAAAUCGACCACAACCCCUUUGCCAAAGGAUUUCGGGACAAAGGAUCAAGGCGCAGGUAUCUCCCGUAUGAGCAGAGAGAAGACGGAUCAGACAGUUCUCAGUCUUCUUUGAGCGAACUGUGCUUCUCGACGGCAAGAAAUGUUGAGAGGACAGCGGACUCUACACACGUUCCUCUUCCACUUCAUGUCAAACUACAUGACUUGUCACAAUACUAAGAAGAACUUUUGAUUAACGAAUGAACAGUUCAAAUUCGAGAGAUCCCGGGAGAGUUUUACUCUAAGUCGAUGAUGUAGGCUAAAAUAUACAUUCGUGCAUUGUGACUACAGACUGAAAGAAAGUUUAGAAAUGAAAGAGAACGAAAAUAGGAGUUUUUAAAAAACAAACAAAGACAAAAGGAACUUAGAACAGAGCUAAACUUCGAUAUGAUUCAGGUAUUAAUCUAUAUGAUAUGUUUUGUUAAUUGAAACAAUUUGUAAAUAUGUGUUUUCAUCAAAAAAUGGUCUUCAUAAGGAAUGACAAUAGAUUAGUUUCAGUUAUUAGUAUUUAAUUAUGUACAGAGCAUUCGUUGGCAUUUAAAUAUGUACAAAGCUUAGUUGAGGUAACGUCUUAACUCUACCUGGGAGUAUGCUAGUUUUUAAAAAAACUUUUCAAUGGAAUGAUGGAGUUUUGUUCAAGAAAAAGUUGUGUCAAUUAAUAGCAAUAACUUUAAAAAGCAUCUAUUAAGAAACUGUAAAUAAUUAAACACAUACGCUUUUUUAGGACGAGGGAACUAAACGAAAAUUCUUUGUUGCAAUUAUGAAAUUUGCAUUCUUUUUAUUUAAAAUGUUAGUAGUUUUAAGUUAUGCUUUAAGUAUCAAGUAAUGAAACUUAAACCAUACAUGUUAAGAUUGUUGUCAAUUUAACUCACUUGGCCCGAAAGGCCAUUUUCAGGACGAGUUCAAUUUCAAUUUGGAUUCAAAGAUGCCUAACCCGGGCCAUGAAUUCCCGGGUUUCCGCAACGAUUUGUUCUUAUUCCACACUUCUCAUUGCUAUGUGCAGAAGUAUAGAAUACUUUCAUUAACUAAUGAUUACAAUAACCAGCAUAUCCAGCAGAGAUCUGGGCACCAUCUCUAAAGACAGCUUGUGAUGAAUUACCAUAGCAAGAAGGCGAACAUGGGAGCAUAACACGCUCAUCUUCUCUGUAAGUUCAUCAAAAAAGCAAACCGUCCAUUAAUUUAUGAAGCACAUCAGUAUUGACCGGAUCACCCACCGGUUCACAAACUUCGCAGAAAAGUAGCUUGCCAUUAGAUGAGAAUUAUUGAAUCUAUCAAAUAUUCUAUUUCAAAAGUGCCGCAAAGGCUGCACAGGCAUCAGAUUUCAGUUAAAACGAAACUGACCUGAGUGUUUUUUUUUUUUUCGUUGUGUAGUUUUAACUUCCAAGACCGACUAUGACAGAAUAUUAAAGAGAAUUCAAAAAAUUUCCUUGGAAAAAGGUUGAUCCGUAUAUUCACGACAGAUUACUACUCUUUGAAAUAC